AUGAUCUUUGAGCUAAAACCUUUUGACGAGCUGAAAGUGGGCACUAGCAGCAAGAAGCGGGUUGCAUACUUUUAUGACUCCGACGUGGGCAACUACGCCUACGGUGCUGGACACCCAAUGAAGCCACACAGAAUAAGGAUGGCGCACUCACUGAUCAUGAACUACGGAUUGUAUAAAAAGAUGGAGAUCUAUCGGGCCAAACCGGCCACUAAGCAGGAGAUGUGUCAAUUUCACACCGACGAGUACAUUGACUUCCUCGCCAGAGCCACUCCAGACAACCUAGAGAUGUUUACCAAAGAACAAGCCAAGUUUAACGUGGGAGACGACUGUCCUGUCUUCGACGGACUUUUUGAGUACUGUGGUAUUUCUGGAGGAGGAUCGAUGGAAGGAGCCGCUAGAUUAAAUAGAGGAAAGUGCGACAUUGCCAUCAACUACGCUGGAGGUUUGCACCACGCCAAGAAAUCCGAGGCUUCGGGUUUCUGUUAUGUGAACGACAUUGUCUUGGGCAUCAUCGAGCUGCUCAGAUACCAUCCACGUGUGCUGUAUAUUGAUAUCGAUGUGCACCAUGGUGACGGCGUUGAGGAAGCUUUCUACACCACGGAUCGUGUUAUGACAUGCUCGUUCCACAAGUACGGAGAAUUUUUCCCAGGUACUGGUGAGCUCAGAGACAUUGGUGUGGGCAAGGGAAAAUACCACGCUGUGAACAUUCCUCUUAGAGAUGGUAUCGACGAUGCCACCUACAAGUCGAUUUUCGAGCCCGUUAUCCAGAGAAUCAUGGACUGGUAUCAGCCUUCUGCUGUUGUUCUCCAGUGUGGUGGAGACUCGCUUUCCGGAGACAAGCUUGGUUGUUUCAAUCUUUCUAUGCGCGGACACGCCAACUGCGUGAACUUUGUCAAGUCGUUCAACGUGCCGACGAUGGUUGUGGGUGGCGGUGGAUACACGAUGAGGAAUGUGGCGAGAACAUGGGCUUUCGAAACCGGUUUGCUGAACGAGACAUUGUUGGACGCCGAGUUGCCCUUCAACGACUACUACGAAUAUUUCGGACCUGAUUACAAGCUGGACGUGAGACCAUCCAACAUGCACAAUGCCAACUCUCCAGAGUAUCUGAACAGAAUCCUGACUCAAGUUUUUGCCAAUCUCGAAAACACAAAGCAUGCUCCUUCGGUUCAAAUGCAAGAGGUUCCACCAGACCUUGUGGACUUUGACGACGAUCCUGAGGAGGACACUAAGGAGGCCAUCGACACCAGAGGUGGCUCUCAAAAAGCGCACGACGAGCGAAUCGUUCCCGAAAACGAGUUCUAUGAUAAGGACGAGGAUGCGGUUAGAGCAAAAGACUCAACUGACUACAACGAGGCCGAGAAGAAGCCAACUCCUUCGAUCAUACCCGCUAGUUACUACAAUGAGGUUGCAGAGGAUAUGGUGCGGGAGCUGGAACGCGACGAAAAGAACGAGAACAAGGAAGAAUCCAACGAAGCUACUAUAACGCCCGCAUCCAACGGAAACGGCAACUAUCUGAAAGAGAAUAACUAG